GUCUUCCCAGGGAACAAGGACCCCGAGACGCCGGUGCUGAACCUGCUGCCGACCCCGGUGGUCGCCCGGUACCUCCGCAUCAACCCCCAGACCUGGUUCCAAAACGGCACCAUUUGCCUGCGGCUGAUGAAGCGGGUGAACGAGGAGUGUCCCGACAUCACCCGCGUCUACAGCAUCGGGAGGAGCUUCCGGGGCCUCAAGAUGUACGUGAUGGAGAUCUCGGACCACCCGGGGCAGCACGAAGUGGGUACGGACCCCUGGCGCAUCCACCUCCUGCCCUCCAUGAACCCUGACGGCUACGAGACCGCCUACAAGCUGGGCUCGGAGCUGUCGGGCUGGGCCAUGGGCCGUUGGACCUACGAGGGCAUCGACCUGAACCACAACUUCGCCGACCUCAACACGGCGCUGUGGGACGCCGAGGACAACGACCUGGUGCCCCACCAGUUCCCCAACCACUACAUCCCCAUCCCCGAGUACUACACCUUGGCCAACGCCACGGUGGCCCCAGAGACCCGCGCGGUGAUCGACUGGAUGCAGCGAUUCCCCUUCGUGCUCAGCGCCAACCUGCAUGGGGGGGAGCUGGUGGUCACCUACCCCUUCGACAUGACCCGCACCUACUGGAAGGCUCAGGAACUGACCCCCACCCCCGACGACGGGGUCUUCCGUUGGUUGGCCACCGUCUACGCCACCUCCAACCUGGCCAUGGCCAACCAGGACCGGCGGCUCUGUCACUAUGAUGACUUUGCCCGGCUCGGGAACAUCAUCAACGGGGCCAACUGGCACACGGUGCCUGGCA